AUGCAAAACAUCAUUCGGCAGAUUGAUAUUGUAAUUGCACAAAAGAAGGCGAUCAGAUUGCAGAUAGACAUAUUGGCAACCCAGUUCAGCAGUUAUGAGCCAUCUGAUGAUACACCUGUUGAGAUCAAUACUGAUACCCUUCCGCAAGAUCCAGUGAACAAGUUAGAUGAAAUCAUUCAAAUCAUUCUCUUCCUUGGCAUUGCAUGCAGAGUUAUCAUAGGGAGGCCAGAUAACAGCCUCAGCUCCUCCCAUACAAAUAUCCUAAAGCAGAUCCAAAUGACCUCAGAAUGCGCCGAGGCCAAAUUCCAUCUCAAGGGAAAGACUGUCCCAUAUGCUGUCUGCAGUUGCCAUUGUACCUAUGCAUCAACCUACACACCAGGCUCAACAACUCCAGUAUAUCCUGAAUGGUACACCCAUUGUCCUAUGCUCACGACUGAAUGUGGUGAGGCUUUGCUUGUUGGUGCUGAUGGAAAUUUCUGA